CUGAUCAAUCCCCGACACCGUAACCUCUGCUGAUAACUUUUCUUUCCUUCUAUACAGCAAAAGCAGCAGCCAAGAGGAGGAGAAAAGACACGGGAUCAAGCCUAUAAUUAAGAUGCCUUGCCUUUACAUCUCUACUAAUGUUAACCUCGCCGGUGUUGAUACCGACCCUAUCUUCACCGACGCCACCAAAGCUGUCGCUACCAUCAUCGGAAAACCUGAACAUUUUGUGAUGGUGAUAUUGAAGGGAUCGGUGGCCAUAUCUUUUAAUGAAAACAAAGAGCCAGCUGCUUACGCUGAGGUAGUGUCGAUGGGUGGAAUUAACAAGCAGGUGAAAAGAGAUCUGAUUGCUACUUUAGGCACCAUUCUUGAGAACAGGCUAUCUAUUCCCAGGACCCGUUUCUUCCUUAAAGUUUUCGACACCACUGCUGGGCGUAGCCCUUCUUCCAAAUUAUGAUUAUGGAUAUGAUUUUUAUCUACUUGUCAUGUUUCCUUUUUUCAGUUUCUUUCAUUAAUCUAUCUCUGUGAUCAUUAAUGCUUUAA